AGGAGCUUGUCGAUGAGAGCGUCUUCCCAGAUGGACACGGAGCUGCGCCUGGAGUCCACGCUGUGGAUCCGGAGCAGGCGGCACCGUGCAGUGUUGACGGGUUGGCAUUUCAACUGGACCGAGGUGGACAAGAAAAGCCGCAACAAGAAAACGAUUUGGGUGCCUGUGUCAGAGGUGAUUGGAGUGGAGGAAGGCCGAGUGCAGAUCCUGCCCCACAAGUUGGUUGAGGAUACAGACAAAGACUUCACAGUUUUUUAUAUCAAGCGCUGCAGUCGUGUUGGCUCCUCUGGUGUACUGUGGAGACUAGGCCAGACUCAGUUCACUUGUCCAAGUCGAGUAUUAAGAGACCAGUGGAUCAAACAUCUGCAAACUGCAUUGAAAACACAUAGUCCAUUACGUCCUAACCGUUUGGUAGUGUUUAUUAACCCGUUUGGAGGAAAGAAGAAAGGACAACAAAUCUAUGAUAGUGUUGUUGCACCACUGUUUGAGCUUGCUGGCAUUAGCUCACAUGUAAUAGUUACCCAUCGGGCGAACCAGGCCCGGGACUACCUGCUAAAGAAGGACCUGACUGGUUUUGAUGGCGUGGUCUGUGUAGGUGGAGAUGGCAUGUUCAGUGAAAUACUUCAUGGUUUGAUUGGGCGAACACAACAAGAGGCAGGUCUUUGUGAGAAUGAUCCCACUGUGACUCUACAGCCCUGCCCUCUUCAUAUCGGCAUCAUCCCUGCAGGCUCCACCGACUGUGUGUGCUACGCUACAGUGGGAGUGAUAGACCCCGUUACCUCUGCCUUACACAUUAUUAUAGGAGACUCACAGCCUUUAGAUGUGUCCGCGGUUCAUCAUUCAUCCAGCUCUGUGCACUACUCUGUCUCUUUAGUGGGCUACGGGUUUUAUGGAGAUGUUUUGGCUCAGAGUGAGAAGCACCGCUGGAUGGGGCCUCUCAGAUAUGACUACUCAGGUGCUGUGGUGUAUUUAAGCAACAGGAGCUAUGCUGGCAUAGUUCACUACCUACCAGCUGACCCACUGCUCUCCAGCCCCAGAGACAAAACACGAUGCCUUGCAGGAUGCAGUGUUUGCUCCAGGAGUACAGAGAGACUAUUUCCAUAUUCUGCCGAUUCAGCUUCCAUGUGCAGCUCCCAUUUGAACCACAGUGACCCUGAAGGUGAAUGGGUGAGUGUCAAAGGCAGAUUCAAAUGUAUCUCCCUCACCUGUAUGUCCAGCUCCUGUCCCAAAAGUCCUCUGGGCCUGUCCCCCUCUGCUCACCUGGCUGAUGGGACGGGGGACCUGAUUCUGGUGAGGGACACAAACCUCCUGAGCUUUCUCAAGUUCCUGUACAGACACACCAACUCAGAAGAUCAGUUUGACCUGCCCUUUGUUGAGGUCCACCGCGUCAAGGCUUUCCGGUUCUUCCUGUCCUCUGAGGACGGUGAGGGAUAUAAGGAGGUGGACAGCCCCAGUGCAAAGUCAGACAAAAUGACCACGGUGUGUAGUGCGGACCCCGUGACCACCAGUGGCUCUCAGCAGCACCUUGUGGAGAAUGACUUUGAUAAGAAGCAGAAGACCCCCACAUCACUGCUGUGCGGGCUGUGCUGCAGGAAAAGACCAUCUGUAUCUGUGUGGAACUGUGAUGGAGAGCUACUGCCCUACACCGAGAUACACUGCAGAGUUCAUGGCCAACUAGUCCGCCUGUAUGCUCGGGGCAUAGAAGAUGAGACAGCUAUUCAAGAUGGUACUGAAGAGAGGUAUCUGAAAGCAUAAACAUGUUGAACUAGAGGUCUUGAUGACUAAAGUA